AUCUAUAUCAUAUAAUUAAUUUCUACAGAUGAUCAUCAAACUACUUUCUUCUAUCUUCUUCAUCAAAUCUUCAUCGAUCAUACUAUAAAAAAAAAGUAUGAAAUCUUCUUCAUCUGUUGAAUUAGCAGGAUCAAUCAGGAUGGGUACUGGUGUUUAUGAUCAUAAUCAGCUCCCAAUAUUCCAUAAUCAUCAUCAUCAUCAGAUUAAUAAUCAUAAUUUGAUGUGGGAAAACACUUUGAAAGGUGAUUUAAUCAAUAUUACUCCAACUUCCUUCACUAGUUCCUCAACUAUUGUGCAUCAUCAUCAACAACAACAAAUAAUCGAACAAGAAGACGAUCAUCGUCGCGAAAUCAAGCCUGCAGAUCAUAAUCAUCAAUAUAAUACUACUCCAAGUGAAGAUGCUCUGGAAAAUUUGGAAAUUCAUGAAGAACCAAAUCGCCCAUUCAAUCGAGUGGAAAGGCGUCAAGCUCAGAACCGUGCAGCUGCUCGUAAAUGUCGUUUGAGGAAGAAGGCAUAUGUGCAACAACUUGAAACAUGUCGAUUGAAGUUGACACAGAUGGAGCAGGAACUAGAAAGAACUAGGCGGCAGGCUUCAUAUGGUGGGGGAGCUAAUACAAGUGGCCUAUCAUCUUUAACUAUAAAUCCAGGGAUUGCAACAUUUGAAAUGGAAUAUAAGUAUUGGGUUGACGAGCAAAAACGUCAAUAUCAAGAACUAAGAAACCUAUUACAAGUACAAGUUGGUGAAGAGGAGCUUGGUGUAUUUGUAGAGAACGCUCUUAAUCACUAUUACAAACUUUUUCGCAUGAAGGUUGAUGUUGCAAACAUCGAUGUGUUUUUUCUUAUAUCUGGCACUUGGAGAACGCCAAUUGAGCAAUUUUUUAUUUGGAUUGGAGGAUUUCGCCCAUCCGAGCUCUUAAACAUUAUAGUUCCACAACUUGAUCAAUUGACGGAACAACAAAUUCUACAAAUACGUAGGCUGCGACAAUCAUCGAUUCAAGCCGAAGAUGCUCUUUCACAAGGCAUGGAUAGGCUUCAACAAUCAUUAGGUCAAAACAUUGCGGUUGAUUCAUCGGAUGUUGAAAAUUAUAGAUCUCAAAUGACUUUAGCAAUUGAAAAAUUGGAUGCAUUGGAAAACUUUGUCAACCAGGCAGAUCAUCUACGUCAGCAAACUCUAGUUCAAAUGUCACGAAUCUUGACUAAUCGCCAUGCGGCACAAGGGUUAGUCGCUCUAGGGGAUUAUUUUCAACGUCUUCGCACACUUAGUUCUCUUUGGGCUGCUCGUCCUCGGACCACAUAAAUUGUAUGCUCGGUUAAGCUAGUAAAAGAGAAAUGAACCGAACUUUUAUUACUUUUGUUACAUAUAUAUUUGUAGAGAAUCAAUUAUAAUAGAGGCUUGUUUUUCAAAUGCUAAUAUGUAUAUAUAUCCUUUUUUUUUAGUUUAUUGAUAAAAUUUUCAUCUGGGAGCUGUUUGUACUGGAUCAUAUAUAAAUCUAAUUAGACUAUUGAGUAAUAAGGUCUAUUUUGUCUCA